AUGCCUGAUAGAUCAACACAGAAUUCUUGUAUCGAACAAUUGUGGGUUGAAGUCGGCACACAAUUUGCACGCCGAUGGCGGGCAUUCUUUACCAGGCUUGAACGACUUCACAAACUUGAUGUUGACAGACCUGGGCAUCUUUGGCUCCUUAGCGCACUCUUCUUGAAUGCACUUAACAAUGAUUGCCGACAGUUUCAACAAGAAUGGAACUCCCAUCCUAUUCAUGGUUCUGAUACCAAGGAUCAAAGCCCUCAGGAUAUGCGCCUUCUAGGACAGGCGUCAUUAGGCGUCUAUGAAGAUGAGUUUGAGGGGAUACAUCCUGCAAUCCUGCAGCACUAUUAUGGUAUUCAUGGCAGAGAGUUGGUCUGCGGUCACAAUCAGACAGGUGCUGGCCACCCAAAUGACAAGUUGGAUGAAUCAGAUGAAGAUAGUAUUAUUGGCUGCAUCGAGCAGGAUCAAGCAAACGACGUCCAACAUGACGCUGUUGAGGUCGCAGAUGGUAAUACUCCUUUUCAGAAUGAAGAAGAUGAAAAUUUGUUCUUUGAAAUACUUGAGGAGGUCGUCAUGGAUGGUAUUGUACCAGAGGGAUACAAUUUACAGGAGGGGUGA